CUAUUCAGUAUAAGCCAGAGCUCCGUCGGCUGAACAUCGAAAUCGAAAAAUCAUUUUUAUUUUUUAGGAAGUUUUUCAGUAGUUUUUCAGAAAUUUUUUCAAAGGAAUUUUCAAGAAAACAAAAUGGCAAAAAUUGAACCAACAAACGGCAUACUCGGGAAUGAGCAGCAGGUGGAGCCUAGGGUAAUAGUACCCAGUGACAUAGUGAACAGGCCGGAUGUGGUAGAGUAUAUGACGGCUGCUCGCCCACAAAGAUACACGUUCCCUGAGGUCUGCCAGAUGAUUAAAGCCCUCACCUGGCCCCGAAUGUUGUUUGAUUUGCUCUCGCGCCAUGAGCUGGGCUCCAUCUCGUUGGGCUUGGGAAUCAUAAUCCUCGAUGUCCUCGAGACGCUGCAACGCUUCAAUCUCUUGCAACAGCUGGCCAUCAUCGGCAUGGCAUUCCUGGGCCACAUUAUGAUCUACACAUGCAUCCGGCCGUAUAUGGGAUUCAGGCCCUACGAGCGGCUGAUCAACGCCGAUAUCAAUGUGCACUUGACCCCGGAAACGGUGGUCCGCGUGGUCGACUGCAUCAACCGCUGGGUGGCCACGGUGCAGUUCGUCCUCUUUGGCGCCGAGUUCCUUGAGCUUCUUCUGAUAAUGGUUGCCUUGGCGGCGGUGCAUUCCAUCCUCUGCUCCAUCGACGUCUUUUUGCUGACUAGGAUCGCCCUCUGUAUGUCGUUCGCUAUCCCAAGGCUCCUCACGUUGUUGGAAAACGAGAAUCCGUUGGCCAAAGCCUAUUUGCAAUUCAAGGCAAAGGAACGUGUGCUGGAUGUCCUAGCCACGUUGGAGGAAAUGGGCGUGAAGGUGAAACUGAUCACCACUGAGCGCUGGCGGCGGGAAGUGGAAGCAAUGAAGGAGUUAUAUGACGAGUAUGCGUCGGCGAUUCCAAGACCAGUUUUAUGAUGUGGAGAUGUCAGACAUAGAUACUUAAGAUACUCAGAUACUUAAGCGCAUUGCUUCGCCGAGGAUAGUUCGUUAUAUUCAUCGUUUCAUGGUUUCAUCGCUUUUAUUUAACUUGUUAAUCGUUUCCACAUACCACAGACGAGCACAGUACAAAACUGACAGAACUCUUAUAUACACCUCACAAUUAAAACACGUACACUGCACACUGAAA